AUAAAACAACUAAUAAAUUAUCUAUAUAUAAAUAAUAAUAAUGAACUGUGCAUCUAAAUACGCUUUUAUUGCAGAAGAUGAAGAAGAAGAGUUAGUAAUUGAUUCAAAUAGUGCUGAUAUAUCUAAUGAUCCAAGCUCUACAACAACAACAACAACUUCCACAUUACCACCACAACAACAACCACAACAACAACAACAACAACAAGCCCCACAACCAUAUAAAAGUUUUUUUGGUUUUUUUAGAUCACAAUCACAACCACAACAACAACAACAACAACAACAAAUACCACAACAACCACAAAGAAAUCUUCCAGGAAAAGUUCAAAAAGUUAAAAAAGCAAAUACCAAUGUCUUAGUUGUAAAUCUUGGUACUGUCGCAAAAGAGUCAUCAAUUGUUACUGGUGAUGUUACUUUUUGUAAAAAUUGUAACUCUGGAUUAAGUAAUAUAAAUUCAUUUAAAGAAAUUCAAUUAAAUGAUGGUAAAAUGGUUACAAAUGUCCCAACAAAAGGUGGUUUCAGCGAAAGUGAAAAUUUGUGGACCUGCGAGUUUUGUGGAGAAGCUAAUCAAGUCACCUUAGAUAAAGAAGAAAUUCCAUCAACAAAUAUCAUUGACUAUAUUUUAGAAGCCGAGCCAACUGUCAAGAAAGAUACAAAUAAUAACAAUGCUGGUAAAUCUCAAAAGGAAAUUAAUGAAGCUGAUGAAUCAUUUGUAAUUUUCUGUAUUGAUGUUUCUGGAAGUAUGGAAGUUACUAGUUUUGUAAAAGAAGGCAUGUCUUUACCAGUUUCAUUAACAAAUGUAAAUUCUGAAGGUAAAACCCACGAGAAAGUUUCUUAUGUCUCUAGACUCCAAUGUGUUCAAUUAGGUCUCUUACAACAAAUCGAAUCAAUUGCUGAAAAGUAUCCAAACAAAAGAGUUGGUAUUGUAACCUUUUCUGAUAAAGUUACACUCAUUGGCGAUGGUAGUACCCCAGAAGUUGUCUUAUCAGGUAAAACUUUAGAUGAUUUAUCUCAAUUAAUUGAAGAAGGCACCUCUUUUUCAUUCAGUAGUCCAAUCGUUAAAACUAAAGAAAAAUUAAUCCAAAAGGUUUGCUCACUUAGAGGCAAUGGUAGUACUGCAUUGGGCAGUGCAACCGCAUGUUCAAUUGGUAUCACUGCAGCAUCAAGAGGUUCACAAGUUAUCUUAUGUACUGAUGGUCUUAGUAAUAUGGGAAUUGGUUCAAGUAAAAAUACCGAAGAUGUUUAUGAUAAUUUAGGUGCUAUGGCUCAAAGAAACGGUACAAGUAUUUCAGUUUUAACCAUUAAAGGUACUGAUACCAAAUUAGAACUUAUUGGUAAACUAGCUCAAACUACCGGUGGUCAAGUUGAUAUUGUCGAUCCAACCAAUCUUUCUGAAGGUUUCAAAGAAAUCAUUAGUCUCCCAACUCUUGCUACCGAAGUUUCAAUCAAACUUAUUGUCCACAAUGGUUUAUACAUUACUGAUAGUGGCGAAAAAACAGAAAAGAGUAUCUUUGAAAAACUUGUCGGUAACGUCAAUCAAGAUACAACCAUUUCAUUUGAAUAUGGUGUUAAAUCAUCAAAACUUAUUGAAAAGGAUUUGAAAUCACUUCCAUUCCAAUUACAAAUUUAUUAUACAACCUUAUCUGGUAAGAAAUGUGUAAGACUUAUCACCCAAACCCAAGAAAUUACUACCUCGCUUGACCAAGCUGAAGCUGAGGCCGAUAUCGAAGUUUUAGGUCUUAAUUUAGUCCAAACCACAAGUAAAAUGGCCUCAAAAGGUGAUUACGAACAAAGUAGAGCCAAAAACAUUGCAUCUGCUGGCUAUUUAAAGAAAGUUUCAUCAAAGAAGAAAACCGAUAACCAAUCAGAGUCAACCGAUAUUUACUUACAACAAGCUCAAGUUUUAGAAAAUCAUUUAUCUAGUGCUAUUCAAAAAGAAGGCAGCUCAAGUAUGACCCCUUCAUUACGUCAAAAUCAAAGAAUGGAUGAAACUGCAAAUGUAUUAUACAACUACUCCUCAAUGUCAACCAACAAAGCCAAAAAUAAGAAAUUCUUUUAAAUUUAUCUAAACUAUUUUUUAUUUGUAUAUUAGUAAACUCAAAACCCAAAAUAAAAAUCUUAUUUAUUUUUAACAUUUAUAAAACC